UACGUCCAUAUGUGUACACGUCAUCAGAAAUUGCGUUGUCGGGAACAAAGUGCCGUUUGUGUCGGCAAAUAUGAUUGGUCAAACAAUUGGGAGUUACAAGAGAAGGCGGCUGUUUUGACAAGAGAAGAAGCACUUGUUGUUACUAAAAUGACAACAGUAAAGAAUGCAGAAAUUGAAGGUCUUCAGGAAGAAUCCAUCAAACUUGAAGAAAAGUUAUCCAGCAUACGUGAUAAAAUAAUUACAAAAUGGACAGGGGAGGAGUACCAGAAGCUGGCCGCUGGUCUCCAGACCAAGCAUCAGCAAGUGAUACAGAAAGGACAAGAGGAAAUCAAAAAGCACCAGGGCAAUGUGAAGAGGAUGGAACAGCUCAGUAAAAGCAAUAUGAAAGAACUACAGGAACGUGUUGAAAAGCUACAGGAGUUAAAAGGUAGCUUACUAAGACUACAGGAAGAGGCAGACACCUUACUACACAUGAAGGAGAAUGCAGCCACACAGGUGAAUGAGGAGUCAAAACAGAUACUCAAAGAGAAGGAGUACCUGUCACUACAGGGGAAGGUGACACAGCAGAAACUGGUGGAGCUGGACAAGGCAGCCUCCAUGUUCCACAGCAGACUCGGACUGACAUUCAAAAAGACCACAGGUAACCGUCUGCAAUGCCUCUUCAAACACAUCGACAGAGACGAUCCAGAAGCUGUCUUUUAUUUCUUCAUCAAAGUGGAAGGUGACGACCGUCGAUAUGUCGUUUCAGACUGUGAACCAUCUGUACCUGAAUUGGAAAUCUUGGCGGAGAAACUGAACAAGACCAACAAUUUGCGAUCAUUUAUUGUGUGCAUGAGGAAGCGAUUUCAGCAGCUUGUACAGGAUAAGAAAAGUCAAAGACAUUCGAGCGAGCAGGCACAACAGUGAAUUUUAUCAUGACCAAACAUUCAGUUUUACACGAAAAGAAGCAAGAAACUCUCUGUUUAACCAUUCUGAUGUUUUUAAUACUUUUAGGGCACAUUUAAAUGUGCAGAUGAAUUGAACUUUUGGCUUGCUGUUAUAGUUUUAACAAGUUUGAUGCUAUUGUUUUAACCCACUACCAAUUGCCUUUUGUCUUUGGUCAGUCGUCUGUGUUUACCAUAAGAAAAAAUCUUGUUAUUGCUUUUUUCAAGAGGUAUUAGAAGGAACUUUCUUGAAUUGCAAUGUAGGGUUUUUCUUGUUGAACCAUACAACUGAGAUAACCUUUUCAUGAAAACAAGUAUGUACUUGAUUUUUAUCAAAGAGAAAACACCAUUCCUAUUGAAAAAUAGUGUUAUGUUUAUUCAUAAUCUAUAAAAAGUCUACUUUAUUGAACAAAACACUUUUUUUUUGUAUAUCCUUAGGCUGUGCUAUGUAUUUACCAGGUAAUUAAAUGUGCUGAAUAUAUGUUUAAAUAGUAAUACAGUACAUUGUUUAUGUUACAUGGCGUUACAGUAUAUGCUUCGACAACGGUUGUCAUGUAUACAUUAAAUAUCAGAUAUUAUAAAUAUAUGUCUGCAGUCUAACAUGUAACUACUCAUAUAGUGUAUCUGUUAGAUCGUCAAUAUUGAUUUUUAUGUUCAUUAAAAUAAGAAUUUAUGAACUCGG